CUUAUUGACAAACACACAAGUCAAGUGCAAUUUAAAGUGUUUUUCUCUCUAAAGUUAUAAAUAUGAUCAUUGUAUGUAAAAUGAUUUGUCGCAUUUCAAUUACGCUAUGGGUGUUAGCAAUAUGUCAAGCAGAUUCAGAUCCAACAAUUUGUGUGGAAACUCAUCUUGGCACAGUGAAGGGUAAACAAAUGGAAUCGCGUUCUGGUGAUAAAUUUUGGGCAUUUCUUGGUGUACGUUAUGCCCAACCCCCUGUGGGUGAACUGCGAUUUCAGAGUCCACAGCCGGUUAAGGCCUGGAAACCCAAAAUUUUAGAUGCUACUGAAGAUGGUCCCAUAUGUCCACAAAUAACAGUUAAUUUAACCUAUCUGUCCGAGGAUUGUUUACGUUUGAAUGUUUAUACUAAAGACAUAAAAGCACGAAAACCAGUUAUUGUGUAUUUGUAUCCAGGAGGAUUUUAUUUCGGUGGAUCUAUUAGUCUUUAUGCUGGACCAGAGAAUUUCAUGGAUCGAGAUAUUGUAUUAGUAACAUUAAAUUACCGUUUGGGUUCGUUGGGAUUUUUGGCUACGGGCACUACAGAUGCUGCUGGUAAUAUGGGUUUAAAAGAUCAAGUCAUGGCUUUACGUUGGGUACAACAACACAUUGAAACAUUUGGUGGUGAUCCCGAUUCGGUAACUUUGUGGGGCUAUAGUGCUGGUAGUUUCAGUAUUGGAUUGCAUGUUAUGUCUCCUAUGGCGAGGGGUCUAUUUCAUCGAGGUAUUAUGAUGAGUGGCACACCACUGGCUCAAUUUAAAUAUAAGACACAUCAAUUGGAUUUAGCUGAACGACAAGCUCGACUUUUGAACUGUCCAGUGAAAUCGAUAAAGGAAAUGGUAAAGUGUUUGAAAACGAAACCCAUGAUGGAUUUUGUGAAUACGACAAUGGGUAUGUUUGAGUAUGGUUUUAAUCCUCUCCUAAAUUGGGUGCCAGUUAUAGAAAACGAUUGUGGUGAAAAUCAAGAACGUUAUCUUAUAGAAGAUCCAUAUACUACCAUGUCCAAAGGUAAUAUCUUUAAAGUUCCUUUGAUAACUGGCAUGACAGAAUAUGAAUUUUAUAAUCUAGCCUACUUCACUAUGCGCAAUGAUACAGAACGUGAAUAUUUUAAUAAAGAUUUUGCAAAAUAUGCACCUAUUUACUUUUCCUAUGAACGUGAAACUCCGAAAUCGCAAGAAAUUAGUGCCGCAUUUCGUUCAUUUUAUUUUCAAAAUAAAUCUCUUGAAUAUCCUAAAUCUUUACAAUCAUUCGUUGACUUUUAUGGUGAUGGAGCGAUUUGUUUUAGCCUUCGUUAUUUACAAAUGGUUUCACAAUUUACUCCCGUCUAUACGUAUGUUUUUAACUACAAAGGACGUUAUAGUCAUUUUGUAAAUCCCGAUACGAAUCGGACAAUAGGUGCGGUACAUCAUGAUGAAUUACUGUAUCUACUAAAACUUCCACUACUUACACCGCAAUUCGAAAAAACCGAUCCAGAAAAUAUCGUUAUAGAGCGUUUGACUAGAUUUUGGUUUGAAUUUGCCCAAAAAGGAGACCCCAAUAAUGUUUCCGAUGAAUAUUUGAAAUCAGUUAAAUGGCCAUUGUAUUCACAGGACAAAAAACAAUAUUUAGAAAUUGGUCAAAAUUUGAAUGUUAAAUCAAAUGCUAAGUUAGAAGAACGCUCACAGUUGUGGGAUCGUCUAUUUCCCAUAUCGGAAAUGUUAAACCAAAUUGGAGAGCAAUGCAAAAUUUAAGACAAAUUUUAUUCAUUUCGUAUUGAAAGGGUAUUAUUUUUUAACAAAAAGUUA